CACAUACUCACUUUGAUACUUCAAUAUUUCCCAAAUCCCAAUUUGCCAUCAAACCCCCACCUACCCUGAAGAAGCUCUUCAAAGAAAAAUGGGUGAGAAAAGUAUAGCCAGAAAACCACCCCAUUGUUUGGUCUUAUCAUAUCCAUUUCAAGGUCACAUAAACCCCAUGCUUCAAUUCUCCAAGCUCUUGGUACAUGAAGGAGUCAAAGUAACCUUAGCCACCACACGUUUCUUCAUCAAGAACUUGCACAAUAAUAGUAACAAUAACUUGCCUCCUUCUAUAUCACUUGAAUCAAUCUCUGAUGGGUGUGACAAUGGUGGUAUUCAAGAAGCUGGUGGAAGCUACAAUGCCUAUAUACAACGUUUUUGGCAAGUUGGUCCACAAAGUCUCGUUGAUCUUCUAGAGAAGCUUGCUAAAUUAGGAAACCCUGUAGAUUGUAUAAUCUAUAAUUCAUUUCUAUCAUGGGCACUAGAUGUUGCCAAAAGAUUUGGCAUAGUUGGUGCUUCUUAUUUCACUCAUAGUAUGGCUGUGAAUAGCAUAUUCUAUCAUGUUCAUUUGGGAAAGAUUAAGGUUCCUGUAAUUGAGGAUGAGGUUUCACUUCCUUCUAUGCCUAAACUUCAACUUGGGGACUUGCCUUCUUUCUUCUUGACAUAUGAAGAAGAUGGACCUGUGCUUGAGAUGCUAAAGGGUCAAUUCUCCAACUUGGACAAAGCUGAUUGGGUUUUCUGCAAUGCAAUCUAUGAGCUUGAUAAGGAGGUUGUUGAUUGGACAACAAAGAUUUGGCCAAAGUAUAGAACCAUAGGACCAAAUAUCCCAUCUAAGUUCUUGGAUAAGAGAGUCAAAGAAGAUGAAGAAUAUGAUGUUGCACAAUUCAAAAGUGAAGAUUAUUGUAUAGAAUGGCUAGCAGAUAAACCAAAAGGGUCAGUUAUUUAUGUGUCAUUUGGGAGCAUGGUUCCUUUUGAUGAGGAACAAUUGAGAGAAAUAGCUUAUGGUUUGAGAAAUAGUGAUAGGUACUUCUUGUGGGUGGUUAGAGCUUCUGAAGAGACUAAAUUACCAAAAGACUUUGUAAAGAAAUCAGAAAAGGGUUUGAUAGUAACAUGGUGCUCCCAAUUGAAGGUUCUAGCACAUGAGGCUAUAGCAUGUUUUGUGACACAUUGUGGUUGGAAUUCUGUAUUGGAAGCUUUGAGCUUAGGAGUUCCAACCAUUGCAAUUCCAAAAUGGGCAGAUCAAAGUACAAAUGCAAAGUAUAUUGAAGAUGUUUGGAAAGUGGGAACUAGAGUUCCAAUUGAUGAGAAGCGGAUUGUGAGAAGAGAAGAUUUGAACAAUUGUAUAAAGGAAAUGAUGGAAAGUGAGAAAGGGGAAGAGAUAAAGAGAAAUGCCAUUGAGUGGAGAACUUUGAUGACAAGAGCUGCUAGUGAGGGUGGAAGCUCCCAUAAAAAUGUUAUUGAAUUUGUAAAUAGCUUAUUUUCUCUGUAAGUCUCAUAUGCCUUUGUUUGUUCCUUUCUUUGUUUUUGAUUAGACAAAAUAAAAACUUAGAUUACAUCAGAUUUGACUUAAUUCGCUUUCGCCAAGCCAUCUUGUAUGUUGUAAGAAAAAUACUUGCAUGUUUUUCUAUGUUUUUGGAUCAAAUAAGGUUGUUGUUUUGGAAUAAAUUUGUUAUUUUUCGUGGACUUUUUCCAUUCU